AUGGCUCAUCUGCCAUUUUUCAUUUUCUGGACAUUUGUUCUUCUCUGUGCAACUCAGGCUAAGAGUGAGCCUGAGGGUGCGUGGAACGGCUUCGUAGCUCCAGGUUCGGAAAUCCCUUCACGCUUUACCCCUUAUUAUGCUCCUCCUGGUACCAAGAGCUACGACUCUUCUUCACCCCUUCUCCACUACUCCGGCACGUGGUCAGACUCGUUCUCUUCGGCGUAUGUCCACCAUAGCAUCCGCGUUACGUCUGAACCGGGCGCGUCUAUGGCUUUUACAUUCACGGGCACCGGUGUGGAAUGGUUCGGAAACCAAGACGCGCGCCACGGUAUUUCUGAAGUCUACAUCGACGGAAAGCUCGCUCAGCGUAUUGAUUCCUGGAAUGCGGUCUCUAGGAAGCAGCAGCGUCUCUUCUGGAUCUCUGAUUUACUGCCCUGUCGGCACACCGUCAAGAUUCUCAACACUGGUGAAAGGAGGGCUGAAUCCAAGGGCUUGUACAUGGACAUCGAUGCUAUCGUUGUCACUCUGAUAUCUCAAGCUCAACCCGACCAGUACUAUGCUCCUCUCGAUCAGGACUUCGCACCAGCUGCUGAUGAGGAUCUCCUUGGUUAUUCACCACUGUUCGACUUUAGCAUCUAUAACUCAAGUCCUCGCUGGCAGCUGAUACAACGAGGCCACACCGGGGUCAAUGCAAUGCAGCUUGCUAUAGUCUCAGAGUCUCAUGCGAUCAUCGUUGACAAAGUGGAACACAACCCUCUCACGAUUGACGGUCACCCGGCUUGGGCGGCUCUCUACAACUUGAAGACGCAUGAGGUGAAGCCACUGGCGAUGCAAUCGAACUCGUUCUGCGCGGGCGGGGCGUUCCUCAGCAACGGCACCCUGAUCAAUGUCGGAGGGAAUCCUGUCGUGGAGGACCAUACGUCUGCCGCGGACUUUGGCGACCUCGAUGGGCUGCAGGCGAUCCGUAUCUUCGAGCCCUGUGAUACCGGGAGUGUGGAAGACUGCAAGAUGUACGAGAACCACGUGCGGGUGCGCAUGGCAAGCCCGCGGUGGUACAGUACGGUCGUGCGCAUCUCCGACGGGAGCGCGAUGAUUAUCGGCGGGUCGCGCAAGGGCGGGUGGAUCAACAACGCUACAGUCAAUAAUCCGACUAUCGAAUAUUGGCCCCCAAAGAAUAUUCACGGAUCAAACGGCCUGCCAAUACAUCUGCCUUUCCUCGUCGACACGCUCAAUGCGAACCUAUUCCCGAUCGUGUUCCUUUUACCGGACGGGCGCGUCUUCGUGGCCGCAAACCAGGACUCAAUGAUCUACGACUGGCAAACCAACACCGAGCAACGCCUCCCGCCCAUUCCAAACGGAGUCCGCGUCACGUACCCGAUGGCAGGCACGGCAGUCCUGCUCCCACUGUCCCCGCAGAACGACUACGCCGCGGAGAUCCUGCUCUGCGGCGGCUCCACUGUGGACGACGCGCAACCCGGUUACUCCAUCUCCUCACAGGCCCUCGCCUCGGCGCAGUGCGCGCGCCUCCUGCUCACCAACGACGGUAUCGCGGAGGGGUGGCACGUUGAGCACAUGCCGCAGCCGCGCACGAUGCUCGAUGCAGUACUCCUACCUACUGGAGCCGUCGUCCUCAUUAACGGCGCGGGCACAGGCAUAUCAGGGUACGGGAACGUCCGCGACCAAGUCGGCGCGUCCAAUGCGGACAACCCAGUGCUCGUGCCCGUGUAUUAUGAUCCACGCGCACCGAAAGGGCAGCGAUUUUCGACGCGUAGGAUGCCUGCGAGUGAUAUCCCACGGGUGUACCACUCCGUUGCGUCGCUGACACCGGAUGGGGACGUGAUGAUUGCGGGGAGUAACCCGAAUUUGGACCGCAGCGAGGUGCGAUUUGGGACAGAGUAUCGCGUCGAGUGGCUCAGCCCGCCGUACAUGUUUGCGGAGAGGCCGAGCAUCAUAGCCGCACAAAGGUCACUCGGGUUUGGUGAAGCUGUUGAGGUGGAGGUGCAGAUGCCUUCAUCGUAUGCGCAGGGUGCAGAUGUGCAAGUCACAUUGAUGGACCUCGGCUAUGUCACCCACGCUGUACAUGCCAACUCUCGCCUGGUCUAUCUAGAAUUUUCGCUCUCUAGCGAUGGGCAGGUGCUCACUAUUGUCGGUCCGCCUCACGGCGCGGUGUACCCCCCUGGGCCUGGUUGGCUGUACAUCGUGGUUGACGGCAUUCCAAGUACCGGGCUGAAGGUAAUGGUAGGCGACGGAGAUGACCCACCUCUAGACGAGUCAGCGCUGCAGAACCUGCUCGCGACCACCGAAGUGGAUCAGUAUAAACUGUCAAAGAAGAAAGGGGGGAAGCCUCAUGGCUCCGGCUGA